CCAGCAGCCACUGUGAUGUUCUGUUUGUUAGCUUGCUAAAGUGAGCGUUGCAUUUGGAUGUUGACUGGGCAGACCCCAGACUCCUUUACACUUUGUAUGUGCAAAGUAGCUGCAGCGGUGGGUUGAGGCGAUAGCACAUCGCUGCAAUAGUCGCCUUAAGGCGGAGGAUAGCUUCCCUUUUUCCAGGUGUCCAACGACAGGUAGCUAUGCUAAACAUUAAUGUUAGCUAAUGCUAGCUAACAUCGCGAGCUGAUUGCUUGCAUUCAGUUCAGGCCUGUUAACACCGCUUCCAAGAAAACAAAUGUUUGAAAAUGGCUGACAAAAAGGGAAAAAUUGCCACUCCAGUCAAAGUGCUGACAAAAAAAGAACAAGAACAGCUAAAGAAAAAGGAGGAAGAGAAGGCAGCUGAGGUGUUUGAAGAAUUUUUGGCAUCAUUUGAGAGCAAUGAUGAUAGAAAAGUGAAGACUUUUGUCCGUGGAGGAAUUGUUAAUGCAACUAAAGAAGAGGAGGCGGCGGAGGUCAAAAAAAGUAAGCUCUACCGACCAGCAACAAAGUUUUCCCCCGUGACUCAUCACGUCUCGGCCUCAUCAUCUGCCGAAAGCAAAAAAGCUGCUUUCAAAAGAAAGGCAGAUGAAAAGAGGAAGAGUAACCUGGAGUUGUUCAAAGAAGAACUCAAGCUAAUACAAGAGGAGCGUGAGGAAAGACACAAAAGGAAGAAAAAUGACGCUGGUGGAGGGGCUGAAGGAGGAACAUGUGCAGAUUUGGACAUUCCACUGUCUGGGAGAUCCAUGUUAUAUGAUGACCUAACAGUGCCGGUCACCACUAACCUCUACAUCAACUGCAUAAGCCCAAAGAUGAACGAGGAGAUGCUCUGCAGAGAGUUUUGUAAAUAUGGCCCCCUGGCAAGUGUAAAGAUAAUGUGGCCUCGAACAGAGGAGGAGCGAGGCAGGACUUCAAACCGAGCUUUUGUGGCUUUCAUGACACGGAAAGAUGCAGAGAGAGCCAUGGCUGCUCUCGAUGGUAAAGUGAUUAUGGGCUUUGAAAUGAAGCUGGGAUGGGGCAAACCAGCCCGCAUCCCACCUCAGCCUCUUUACACGCCAAUCGGAGUGAGAGCCGCCCCGCCGCCCCCAUCCGGACUCCCGUUUAACGCUCAACCAAGGGAUCGUUUUCGCAAUGACUUCACCAAGCCACUGAGCUCGUCUAAAUCAGAGCUGGACAAGACUCUGUCCGAAGCCGUAGUCAAAGUGGUUAUCCCAACCGAAAGGAAUCUAUUGUUCCUCAUCCACAGGAUGAUAGAGUUUGUGGUGCGUGAAGGUCCCAUGUUUGAAGCCAUAAUAAUGAACAAAGAAAAAAGUAAUCCAGACUACAGGUUUCUAUUUGACAACAAGAGUCAAGAUCAUGUUUAUUAUCGCUGGAAACUUUUCUCCAUUCUGCAGGGAGAGACUCCCUCAAAGUGGAGGACAGCAGAUUUUCGUUUGUUCCGAGGAGGCUCGCUGUGGAGGCCCCCUGUCCUGAACAGCUACAGCGAAAGCAUGGAGGUGGAGGAUCCGGUUCCUCCUGAGGAGGAACUGAAGAAAGGGCAGCUUAGAGCGGAACACAAACAGAGACUGGAAACACUUCUUAAAGAGCUCACUCCAAGCAGAGAAGACAUCGCCAAUGCCAUGCUGUUCUGUCUUGGCCGGGCAGAUGCUGCAGAGGAAGUGGUGGGACUCAUAGCCGAUUCUUUUUCUUUGCUUCAGACGCCCCUUCAGAUAAAGAUGGCCAGGUUAUAUCUUGUGUCAGACGUGUUGCACAACUCAUGCGCCAAAGUCGCCGGUGCAUCAUAUUAUCGUAAAUAUUUUGAAACCAAGUUACCACAGAUAUUUGGAGACCUUAAUGCAGCACACAAAAACAUCCAGGCCAGGCUGCAGGCUGAACAGUUUAAGCAAAAGGUCAUGAUUUGUUUUAGGGCGUGGGAAGACUGGGCCAUAUAUCCAGAGCCUUAUCUAAUUCACCUCCAAAAUAUCUUUUUGGGCUACGCCAAAGCUGGGGAGGAGGUGACGGAGACCGUGGAGGAAGAAUCGGCUGAGAUUGAUGGUGCACCCCUGGACCGAACCGCUCUAGACGGGCUGCCUUUGGGCAGAUCUGUGGAUGACAUCGAUGGCUGCCCCUUGGGCUGGGACCCCCUGGAUGGAGUCCCAGUUGAUGACAUUGAUGGGGUUCCUUUAGGGGUUUCUAGUGAUGACAUUGAUGGAGUUCCAUUAGAUGAAGGCAAUACUCUCUCAAGAAUCCCUUUGUCUAAAUGGGAGAAGAUGGGUGACAGUAAAACUUUUCCUCAAGCCAAAACUGAGUCCAAAUGGGACACUAUUGGGGAUCAAGACAGUGAAGAUGAAGCAAAGAUUCGUUCUAACUCGCAGGAUGAAAACGAAGGCUCAGAAAGCGACAGCAGUGCCGAUUCCUGCAGCUCGCCUAACUAUGACAGUGCAGUUUUCCAAAGCUCGCUUCGAAGUUUCCAGAUGUCUGAGAGCAAAAGGAAAAAGUUGAGGGAACUGGAGGUGAAGGUUAUGAAGAUCCAGGAUGAGUUGGAAUCUGGCAAAAGGCAGAGGAAACCUGGAAUUAGCAUCCAAAAGCAAGUGGAGCAGUACAGAAACAAACUUCUGCAGAAGGAAUUUCAAAAAGAUGAAGAAAAGAAUGAGAGGUCAAAGGCCAAAGACAAGCCGAGAGAGGACAGAAGAAAGGACAGAAAACGCAGCAUUGAUCCCGGAGACCGAAAGUCGAGGAGCAUUUCUCCUUUAAAGACAAAGUCCCCCAAACGGUCCAAACGCUCCCGAUCACCAUCUCCAGAUCACAAAGCAAAGAAAUCCAGAUCCCGCUCGCCACAUCGCUCCCACAAAAAGUCAAAGAAGAGCAAACACUGACUUCCAGCAGGGGGCGUCCUCAUCCAGGACCGCGCUUCACAAACCAGCUGGUGUCUGCGAGAGGACUUACUGCAACCAUCCACCCUAGCUUCACCCUUUUAUAUAAUGACAUUAAAACACUGUAACUAUGUAUAUUUUUUUUCAUGUUUGUUUUUAAAAUUAAAACCAGAAAUCCUCCUGCAGA